AGGUUUUACUUUACGACACUUCCCGAUACUGGUGAACGCCUUUACGGCAGCUCUUGGUCACACGUGUUGUCAUCGCAUGGAAGUCCUUCCUCGGGAAUAGCUGCAUCUUGCCGAUCGACUUUGUUUUCGCAGAAGUAUGUCUUUCAGAGGUGGAGGUGGACGAGGAGGCGGUGGAGGAUAUAGCCGAGGUGGAGGAGGCGGCUAUGGAGGAGGCAGAGGAGGUGGUGGAGGUUUCGGAGGAGGCCGAGGAGGUGGAUUUGGACGCGGCGGGGGCAGAGGAGGUGGUUUCAACCGACAGCAAGACUACGGUCCGCCAGAAUAUGUCGUGGGACUGGGAGAGUUUGUGCACCCGUGUGAAGAUGACAUUGUGGUGAAGUGUACGACGGAGGAAAACAAAGUCCCCUACUUCAACGCCCCUGUGUACUUGGAAAACAAGGAGCAAAUUGGGAAGGUGGACGAGAUAUUUGGCCAGCUCCGGGAAUUUUAUUUUUCAGUCAAACUUUCUGAUAACAUGAAGGCGUCUUCAUUUAAGAAAAUGCAGAAGUUUUAUAUAGAUCCAAUGAAGCUCCUCCCGCUGCAGAGAUUCCUCCCCAGGCCGCCAGGAGAGAAGGGUCCACCAAGAGGAGGCCGAGGGGGAAGAGGCGGUGGCCGAGGAGGCGGUUUUCGAGGUGGCCGUGGUGGAGGAUUUGGAGGCGGUCGUGGUGGUGGGGGAUUUGGAGGUGGGCGAGGUGGAGGAUUUAGAGGCGGCAGCCGAGGUGGAGGCUUCAGAGGAGGAAGAGGAGAUGGAGGAGGUGGCGGCUACAGAGGAAGAGGAGAUGGAGGAGGACGUGGAUUCAGAGGUGCUAGAUAAUGUGAUAGUGGUGGUCUGUUGUGACGGUCUCAUCCUCAACUUGUGCUACACAAGCAGAACGACUGCGCUCUGUGAUGGUGCCUGGCCUGUUGGACUCAGAUUACAGACAUUGCCUCUAAUUGAAGAACGUGACUGGAUUUCCCCCCCGUUUUUAUUUUUGUACUGCUUCUGAAUAUGUGAUGGGUGAUUCUUAUUUAAAAGGUCCAUACGUAUGCUUGUGUGCAACAUAAAGAGGACCUUUCAGCUGAAGGGGGAGAGUCAUCGGGUUCCUUUUGUGAACAGGCGUAUCAAUAUCCUGAUUUUUAUUCAAAUGUUUGGCCUUGACAGUUUGUACUUUGACAGUUACAUUCACACAAUUCCAUGUAUUCAUUUCCUCCGAUGUGGGAAAUCUUUGUCUACUGUUGGUUGUAAACAUUUUAAUACCCCUUGUUUGUAAAGUCCUCAGCAAAAUGUUGUCACACUUUUUUGGCCUUGAUUAAAAGGAUCUUUGUAACUGUC